UUUGCUGAUCAAGCGAGGCUAUCCGGAGCUCUCGCCGCACCGGUGGAAAUCGGGCCCGAGCAGACGACGCUGGGCACGGAGCUGCUGCGAGUGCUCACCACCGUCGACGUGUCCCGCUUGAAGGAGCUGCUGAGCGGCGAAGGUCGCACGCAAAGGGCAGACGGCCACGUCGCUAUUAAAGUCAACGGCACGUCAUCACCGGGCGCAGUGUCGUCGCCGGGCGCGGGAACGGGAACGGAAAGUCUCCUCGGCGUGACGAGCAACGGGAACACAGCGCUGCACCUUGUCGCCAGCCGCGGGCACGCCGAGCUCGCCGCGUUCGUCUGUGAGAGCGCGCCCUCGCUCGUCGCCGCGCGCAAUAAGGGCCUCGACACGCCGCUGCACUGCGCGGCGAAGGCCGGGAGCAGGGGCGUGGCGGCCUGCCUCCUGUCCAAGAUUCGCAUCGUCGCGGCCGCCGGUGGAGCGGACGUGGCGACGGCGGCUGCGGCGGCGCUGCGGGCGAGGAACCGCCUGGUCGCCACUGCCCUGCACGAGGCCGUCCGGCUCGGCCGUGCCGGAGUGGUGGAUCUCCUGAUGGCCGAAGCUCCCGAGCUGGCGUCGGUGGCGACCGACGAUGGCGUCUCGCCCCUGUACCUGGCGGCAGAGACUCCGUCGGAGCAGAUGGUCCGGCUGCUGCUUCGUCCGGCGCCUGACGGAACGCCGUCGCCGGCCUCUUUUGCUGGUCGCCAUGGACGGACUGCUUUGCACGCUGCGGCAACUUUUAGCAAAGGUACGACUGAAAACUGGGUACAGAUAGAAUUCGAAGUUCCAGUUUACUGACUAUUUACUUGUACAAAUUUUGGACUCAGUACUUUUAUUUUUUUGUUUCAAACAAGUUCGUCUCAAAACAUUGUAGAAAUUGCAAUUUCUGAUCCAUCAAUCGGUGGCAAAUUGCCAAUCCUCAACCAGAUAUGGCUCAAGAAAUACUGAACUGGGAGCCAGUUGGCCCAACACUGCUUAGCAGAGCUGAGCUGAUUCGUCUGGGAGAACCCCUCUUCAUUUCGCAAUACUGCAUGGACAUCUGGAUGUUGUUGAGCUGUUCCUCGAUGGCCAUUCAUCCAUAGACCAAGCUCGCAUUUCCGACUGCCAUGGCUCAUUUCCUUGUGCACGCUGCAGCCAUGGCGGGAAGCACACGGAUCCUUGAUGAGCUCGUCAAAAAAAUGCCCGGACCACUACGAACUGGUUGAUGACCAAGGAAGAAAUUUUCUUCAUUGUGCAGCUGAGCAUAAUCAGGACAGGGUGGUCCAGCACAUCUGCCAGAAUGACACCUUUGCUAUGCUGUUGAACGCAACGGAUUAUGAAGGGAACACGCCGUUGCAAUUUCCAAGGAUCGUCAGUACGCUGCUGCGAAAUAUGACUGUGGAAAUAAGCAUUGGCAACACUUUACCGUGUUGAAUUGUCUGUGCUGGCUGGGACUGGGAACAUGCAUUACUCCAGAUCGACGGCUCCACCCUCUUCAUCAGCAGGCAGACCCGAACCCAACCGAAGAAGGGGCUUCUGACGACGAAGGGCAUGUCAUGGUGAGAAAACGGCACGAUUGGAUCAGUCCUCAUCGCCACCGUGGCAUUCGCGGCGGCGGCUUUCACCGUGCCGGGCGGUUUCGUCGCCGACGACCGCCGGAGCACAGGGUCGACGGCGAUCCUGGCGAGGCGGUUCGCGUUCAGAGCGUUCGUGGUGUCGGACACCAUGGCCUUCCUGUGCUCCAUCGUCAGCAACCUCCUUCCUCAUAUACGGCGGGCCGGCGGCGCGAGAGAGAAUCCGCUGAGCCAUCGGAUCUGGUACAAACUGUUGGCUUCUAGGUUCAUGCCGCUGGCAGUGCGAUCCCGGCGUUUGCCUUCGGGUUUCACUUGGUGCUCGGCGACGCCAACCGCGGGCUGGUUGUCUUCGUGUACUUGGCGUCUCUGGCUCCGGUGCUCUUCUGCUUCCCUGACGUCUGGAUUCCCUUGCUACUUGGGCUGGCGAAGACGCUGUGGCGGCGGGACUUGUCAACGUACACAAACGGCCGUCGAGCCUGAUACAAUUGGCCCAACUUUUCAUGGCAAGCUUUUUCGUUCCAUUAUCUUGGAGGCACAUUGCUUGUUGUGCUUAUCACUGCCGCCUUCGCCGCAGCAAUCUCACUGGAUAUUAGUUUGCCAAACUACUGAGACAGUCUGUCAAUCUGCAGUAUGCAUUAGAAUUCUGGAAUGCAUAGAGCCGUCAGUCUGUUCUGUAUGCAUUAGAAUUCUGAAAUGUAAUCAAGUAUUUGAGCUGGGCAUAGCUUUACAGUAAAACAAAAUGAUCAUGUGUAAAUACGUAUUUGUCAGUUGUCACAAUAUAGGAGAUUUUGAUA